AUUUUAACAACGACUUGGAUGUUGUUGUUUUAUUUCCGUGGCUUAAUUUAUUAUUGGUGGAAGUGAGUUACUGCGGAGAUCUAGAACUUGUUGGUUAGGUACUUUUCCUGCUACUUAUAGCCGAUCUUGAUCCGUACGUAGCAGUGUAGCCGCUUGGAGGAGCACGAAUGUAACAUGUGCCGCAUGCUUCUAAAUUCAUCCAGGCGAUGUAAAGCUGUGCAUAUAAUGAAGGGAUCCCCUUCUCGAAACCUCUUAGGAGGUUAAAAUAGGCUGAUGGUCGCCUGUUGGUACAAAUACGUAUGAUUAGCACGAUCAUAUUCCUUUGGGUAUCCACACUAUGGCUUUUUUCGGAAUUCUUGCUCUGUCCGUAGCUGCGAUCCGGGGCGCGGCCGCGGCUGUCACGUUCACUAUUCCUAGCGAGGCGCACACGGGAGGAUAUAGUUACGCGCCUCUAGAUCCGGCACCGGUGGGGAUAUCCUUCGAGUUCUUCGCCUUCCCAUCCUACUUCACCAACGUCACCGCCACGACUCAGUGUCUUUCUAACUGGAAGGACUUGACGGGAGUGUGGCCGCCGAUUCGCAUCGGGGGCACUACGCAAGACCGGGCUCUAUACGAUUCGUCAACUUCGGCAUACGUCGUAUACAGUGUUUCUAGCCCGGCUGACGCGCCUGCAAGUUUGACGUUCGGCUCAAGUUUUAUGACCCUUGCGGGAUCAUACGACGGCACGGUAGUAGUCGGAUUGAACAGGGGCAAGAACCAGAUCCAGAACACGAUCGAUGCUGCCAAGGUCGCCGUAUCAGAAGUAAAGAAUCUGCUUGCUAUCGAACUCGGAAAUGAGCCGGAAUAUUAUUCCGGCGCGGGACAGCCUAUCGCCUCGGGAAGCUGGUCGCCUGCAAUCGAUGCGGCUUCGCAGAAUAACUGGGAUAUCUCGGUCGGGACCGCCGUACAAAAAGCGCCGAUUAUCCAAGCAGGCAAUUCUAACGAUGCUCCCCCGACAUGGGGCGCGGCGGAGUUGAUUGCCACGGAGAACGCGACAGUUAAGCAAUACGUGAAGACGUACGCCCAUCACAACUACCCAGGCGGCAGCGUGAGCUCCCUAAUGAGCCAUAAGAGCAUUGCUACCAAUUUACAUGUCUUUGACGCCGACGUGGCCGCUGCUUUGAAGGAGAAUAAGCCGUACGUUUUCGGCGAGACGAAUUCAGUAUCCGGUGGAGGGGCAGCUACGGUGUCGCCCACGUUUGGAGCGGGACUGUGGACGAUGGACUACGUCCUGCGCGCGAGCUAUAGCAACAUAUCUCGGACGUAUUUCCACCACGGAACGGUCGGUAACUGCCAAUAUUGCUUCUGGGGAAGGUACAGCAUGGGGGCGCCCUACUACGGCGCGUACGCCGCAACCGACUUUCUCGCGAAGGCGUCUUAUCUCGCGGCGCUUGACGAUGGCAGCAGCAACUACGCCGCGUAUGUUUCGUUUGACUCAGACGGUGCGCCGCUGAAGGCAUUGCUAUAUAACUCAGACUACUUCAGCGGGAGCGGCAGUCGGUCCAGCCAAUCUUUCGUACUUCAGGGGUUGACGGGAAGCUCGCUAAAGGCCAAGAGGUUAACGGCGGACAGCGCCCAAUCUAGGGUUGAUCAAGGCGCGACGGUGACUUAUGGGGGCCAAAGUUUUACCGACGGCAGUUGUAAUGUUUCUGGAACCGAAACUUACGAGACUGUAGCGGUGUCCAACGGACAGGCAACGGUCACGAUAAAUGCUAGCGAGGCUUUAGUAGUUUUGUUACAGUAACAGAGUGGUUGUUGAGUUGUAGAACGAUAAAUCUCAAUUCCAAUGGCUCCGGACCAUAAUAAAUGCAUAAAACAAUGGGAGCGAUAAAAGUAUAUUUUAUGCGUGUAAUUCUAGCACCUUAUGUAAUAUGCGCUUUUAGGUACAGUGUCGUACAGUAUCAUACAGUACGUACAUAUCUCAAUUACUGUUUCAACGUUAAUCCACAUUUCAACCUUUUUAGACUUUCAGGGGUCCCGCUUUUAUAUAGGGCUGACAGGCUAGAAUCUCUCUAUCGUCCUUCCCGUUUACCCCGCCUGCCCGCUGCGGCUGAGGUGGGUUACCAAUUCCAUUAUUCUCACGUUGUCACAUGAGACUUAUCUAUUCACAUAAAAUGCAUUUCAUAAGAAAUUAAAUAAGUGGCUCUGCAAUGCACGACCUAUAUCUAUCCGUAAUACCU